UGUACUUUGGAUGAUUGAGGCUGUCAUUUGACUUGGUGACCUGAUGUGUUUGUGUGUCGGCAAACUGUGAGCAGCAUUCAAAUCUUGUCGCUUCGCGCCAGGAAGUGAUGCUUGCACUCUGAGAAAUAGGAAGUGAGAGGACGCCAAAGAGGGCAAGCGGGACGCCACUCGUCGCCGUCCAUGUCGUCCGAAACCAGCUCGCCGUCACCUUCUUCCCGGGCUCCCUCGCCGUCACCCGUCCCGCCCGGCGGCCGACCGAGCGUCUCCGCCCACGGCAUCUCCUUCCUGCUCCAGAUGGGACUGACCCGGGAGCCUUUGACCCUGGACAUCAACUACUUGACGCUGUCGGCCAUCGCCGAGCUCGUCUGCGCCGCCGUCGAUCACAAGUUCCCAGAAUGCGGUUUCUUGCGGAUGCACGACAAGAUCCUGCUCUUCCGCCAUGACAUGAACUCGGAAAACAUCCUGCAGCGAGUUACCGCCGCCGAGGACAUACGCGAAGGCGACCUGGUGGAGGUGGUCGUGUCGGCUCUCGCCUCGUCCGACGACUUCCAGAUCUGCCCCCACGUGCUGUACGUGCACUCAUACCGCGCGCCUGCUUUCUGCGAUCACUGCGGCCAGAUGCUCUGGGGACUCGUUCGCCAAGGCCUCAAAUGUGACGGUUGUGGUCUGAAUUUCCACAAGCGUUGUGCGUUGAAAAUCCCAAACAACUGCAGCGGCAUCAGGAGGAGACGAGCCUCUGUCUCCCUGAGCAGCACUCCCGCUUCUCUUGCGCGCCCGCCUUCGGUAGACUUCCCCAAAACUUGCAACACGCCGCAUGAUGAGCAGCAGCGCCUCCCGCUGGGCGGCGGGAAUCGUAUGCUUAGCGAUUGUCCCACCUGGAUGGGAAAGACGGUCCCCGGCGGCGUGAAGCUGCCGCACACGUUCUCCGUGCACACGUACGCGCGGCCCACCGUGUGUCAGCACUGCAAGCAUCUGCUCAAGGGUCUCUUCAGACAAGGCCUGCAAUGCAAAGAUUGUAAAUUCAACUGUCACAAGAGGUGCGCGGACAAAGUUCCUCGAGACUGCGUGGGGGAAGUCCACUUCAAUGGAGGGACAUGCAGUCCCACUCCGGAAGCCGAAUCCACCAUUGAGCUGGAGAUCAGUGAGGUCGGCAGUGACGGAGGACACAGCGCCGAUGAAGAGGACCGAGGGACCACGUUGGAGCACCACAAGAUCUUCAACGACGGAUCCUGCAAGGACAGCGAGAAGGUUGACGAGACGACGCAAGCUAUCAGUCCGUUGACGAGCAGCAACAUCCCUCUGAUGCGAGUUGUUCAGUCCAUCAAACAUUCCAAGAGAAGAAGCUCCACUGUGGUCAAAGAAGGUUGGAUGGUGCACUACAGUAGUCAUGACAACAUGCGGAAACGUCAUUUUUGGUGUCUGGACUGCAAAAGUCUUACGCUCUUCCAGAACCACAGCGGAGCCAAGUUCUACAAGGAGCUGUCGUUGUCCGAGAUCCUGCGCGUGGAAGCUACGCAGGAAAUCGUCGGCCCGACGGUGGGCAGUAGCCCUCCAUGCUUCCGCCUGGUCCUUGCGUCCGGAGUCAUCUACUAUGUCGGCGAGGACGACCGCGGCGCAGCUCAGGAAAUGGGCCGCACUUGGGAGAAGGCCAUCCGUCGGGCCUUGAUGCCCCUCACCCCCAAAUCCAGCCUGAACACCGGAAAUGGUCAGGACCACAAGGAGCUGACCAGCAGCAUAUCAGUUUGCAACUCGCAGAUCCAAGAAAACGUGGAUAUCAGUUCUGUCUAUCAAAUCUUCUCCGACGACGUCCUCGGGUCAGGACAGUUUGGCAUCGUGUAUGGAGGCCAGCACAGAAAGAGCGGUCGCGACGUGGCCAUCAAGAUCAUCGACAAGAUGAGAUUCCCCACCAAGCAGGAAAGCCAGCUGCGCAACGAGGUGGCCAUCUUGCAGAACCUGCAGCACCCCGGCAUCGUAAACCUGGACUGCAUGUUCGAGACUCCCGAGAAGGUAUUCGUGGUCAUGGAGAAGCUCCACGGUGACAUGUUAGAGAUGAUCUUGUCCAGCGAGAAGAGUCGCCUACCCGAGCGUCUCACCAAGUUCUUGGUGACGCAGAUCCUGGUGGCCCUCCGACAUCUGCACUUUAAAAACAUCGUCCACUGCGACCUGAAGCCCGAAAACGUCCUCCUGGCUUCGGCGGAACCUUUGCCUCAGGUGAAGCUGUGCGACUUUGGUUUCGCUCGCAUGAUCGGGGAAAAGUCCUUUCGGCGUUCCGUGGUAGGCACGCCGGCCUACCUGGCGCCGGAGGUUCUUUGCAACAAAGGCUACAACCGCUCCCUGGACAUGUGGUCGGUGGGCGUCAUCAUCUACGUCAGCCUGAGCGGAACCUUCCCUUUCAACGAGGAUGAGGACAUCAACGACCAGAUCCAGAACGCUGCCUUCAUGUACCCGCCUAGUCCCUGGAAGGAGAUCUCAGAGAACGCGACGGACCUGAUCAACAACCUGCUGCAGGUGAAGUUGAGAAAGCGCUACAGUGUGGACAAGUCCCUCAGUCACCCGUGGCUGCAGGACUUUGACACCUGGAAGGACCUUCGCGACUUGGAGACGCGACACGGCGACCGUUACAUCACGCACCAGAGCGACGACGCGCACUGGGAAGAUUUGGGUGGCGACAGAAGCCGGCAACGCGCAACCAUACCUUCCCUGGAUCGUCAAGACAAGGAGGACCAGCAGGACUCCUAGCCCUCAAGACGGGUUUCUCAAACAUUUGCAAUCCGGGGAGACGUUUUUGCAAGGAGCACCCCCAGAAUCCGAACUCAGAUGCAACAUACUUGCCAUGCGCAGCCCUAAAUACCAUUUGGGAAUUAAAAAGAAGAAAAAAAA